GAGAUGUCAAUGUUCCAAUUUGCUUGAUCACUUUAAUGGGAGGACAUCAUUUGCAGUCUAAGAGACACUCCCUAAUUGAUGUUGCGAUCAAAUGUGAACUCAGACUGUCUCGGAGACUUUUCGAUUUGUGAUGGGACAUUCUUUCCGUCUCUCCACGAUGAGAUGUCUGCAAUUGUGGGUUGUUUCAACCGGCGUGCACAGAACCUGCUACAAGUUCAUUUAUCUUCGGGUUUCAGAAAGUAUUUUACAUGGAUUAAGAGAAAACUUGUGAAAGGAAAUCACGUUGCUAUGGUUGAAGAAGGCAAAAAAGGUUUACUACAUAUCUUUGCAGGUUAUGCGGUUGGAGGAGGACAUGUAUUGCAUAUGGUUUGUGAUUUAACAAUAGCUGCUGACAAUGCCGUUUUUGGCCAGACAGGUCCAAAGGUUGGAAGUCUUGACGCAGGUUAUGGAAGUUCCAUCAUGUCUCGUUUAGUCGGGCCGAAAAAAGCACGUGAAAUGUGGUUUCUAGCUCGAUUUUACAAUGCUUCUGAAGCAGAGAAGAUGGGGCUAGUAAACGUCGUAGUACCGACAACAACUUUUUUUGUCUUUUCCCUUGAAUUUCUGCCACCAUUGCCAAUUUGCUUGUGUAUGGAAGAUUUCGGCAGUGACAGCGACAUUUCUUCUGCAAGAAGGUUUUCCCACUUUACUUUUUACCCCAACAGGAUACUACUAUGGAUGUAG